UUAAUCGUGUUUUAAUAAAUUUACCUAACAAAUGAAAAAAAAAGAAAAAAUGCAGCCAAUCACGAAAAACUUAUCGAGAAAGAACAGAAACGAAGAUGAUUUUAAUUACGCAGUGCAAGUGACUCGUAUCGUUAUGCGAAUGAUGGGAGUGUGGCCGAUUCCCAGUUACGCUUCCAACGUGGAAAAAAUUCUCACCCGUUUACAAAAUGUCAUUUGCUAUUUUUUAUUCGCGGUUGUCGUCGUGCCGGGUCUCCUGCAGUUGUUCCUAAAAGAACACGACUUUAAACGUAGAGUGAGACUGCUCGGGCCGAUUCUAAAUUGUUUUAUAGGUUGUACGAAGUACAGCUUGCUUUUACAUCACGCAAGAGAGAUUCAGUAUUGCUUGAAACAGGCGCGACAGGACUGGAGGGAUACAGUCGAUUCAAAGGAUCGAAAUGCGAUGCUAUCUAAGGCGAAAGUAGGCCGCAGAUUCGCGAUCUUUACUGCCGCUUUUAUGUAUGUCGGCGGAUUGUCUUACCGUACCAUCUUUCCGCUUGUAAAAGGACGAGUACUCACGCCGAUGAACACCACGGUGAGAGUGCUCGCAUGCCCGAGCUACUUCAUCAAGUUCGAUGAACAGGCCACACCAGCAUACGAGAUCAUCUACACCCUGCAAUUCUUCUCAGGACUACUCGCCUAUUCGGUAACGGUCGGCGGUGUCGGAUUGGCUGCAUUUUUUAUCCUGCACGUUUGUGGACAGCUAAGAGUUUUAAUUGGCAAGAUUCAACGUAUCAAUGACAUGUCGGAACCCGAUGAUCGAGUUGUCGAGAUAUUGUUCGCUAAUAUCGUGGAACAUCAGAUAAAAGUAAAGAAUUUCCUGAAAGAAGUAGAGGAAACUAUGCGAUACGUAUUAUUAGUGGAAGUAGUGGGCUGUACUAUAAUUCUAUGUCUUGCAGGAUACUACGUUCUUUGGGAAUAUGAAGCUAGCGGUGUCACAGCCAUGUUAGUUCUCUUUAUGGUAUUUAUAUCAUUCGUCAUUUCCAUUUUUAUUAAUUGCUACGUUGGUCAAAUGCUGAUGGAUGAGAGCAUGAAGUUUGGCUCAAUGACGUCCACAACAAAUUGGCAUCGCCUUUUUCACAAAAGAGCCCGUUCUUUGAUUUUAAUAAUGGCGGUUUCCAAUAUUCCGGAGAAAAUCUCGGCGGGAAAGUUGAUAGAAAUGUCUCUACCUACGUUCAAUAAUAUCAUUAGAACGUCGAUGGCGUACUUUAAUCUGCUCCGAAAAUUCAUUUGAUUUUAAUGCUAUAACUAUUAUAACAAUGUAUAAUAUUUGAAUAUGAAUGUAUAAUUAAUGUUAUCUUUGAAACGAAUGGUCAAGAUGAGUAGUCAAUA